AUGAGGCAGCCCGCUGCAGCCGCGGGACUGAGUGGCAGAUGGCCCGAGUGCAUCAUACAAAUCGUGGGGUCAAAGGAGAUAGUAGCAGCCACGAGCCUGCAGGCCAAGCGCAGUGUGGCGAGCAAUGCCCCGCAGGGCACCGGCCCUCCUACUGUGGCGAGGAUCGACUGUGUGCCUGGAACGGAGACCGCACAAGUGGCGUUGACCGGAGGAAUGGGCUUUGCAAACUUUGCAGACAACUUCACAGGCGUGGACUUCACACAGGACGACACGCUGCCGGGGGCUAUCCUGAAGCUGGAGGGCCAGAACUUAGUCAUCCGCGACUCAACCUUUAGUAACCUCGCGAACGGCGCCCCGGGCACCGUCAUCGUGAUCAAUUCAACUCUUUCCAUCAUCAACACCACAUUCGCGUCCAACACCCAGGCCGCUGCGGGCGCCCUGUUCCUCAACGGCUCCUCUGUCACUAUAUAUGACUCGCUGUUUGAUCGCAACAAAGGCUUCCAGGCAGGUGCCAUCAACGCCAUCGGGGAAUCCAACCUGCUGGUCAACCUGACGGUCUUCCGCAGCAACAACGGAUCCCAGGGCGGGGGCAUCGGCAUGGCGGGCGGCGGGAAGCUGCGUGUCAUCGAGUCGCUGUUCCUCAGGAACGCUGCGCAGAACGGGGGCGGCAUCUUCGUGCAGAAGUCUGCGGACUCGUACAUCCAAAACUGCACCUUUUCUAGCAACACGGCGGCCGUGAAUGGCGCGGGCGUGUUCCAGGAGCUGACCAAGGGGACUCUGGACGCAUGCAUCCUGCGUGCCAACAAGGCCCAGACGGGCGGGGGCGGAUAUUACAACAAGUGCCCUGACGUCUCGUUCGUGCGCAACCGCUUUGAGAACAACACGGCUGCCGCUGGCGGCGCCGGCCUCGAGCUGAACCAGUGCGUCGGUGACGUGGAAGCCUGCGUGUUCUCACGUAAUCGGGGUGAGAAGGGGGGCGGCCUGUUUAUGGACCAGUGCUCGACCAAUGUGGGCAACACAACGUUCGAGGCCAACACGGCCUCCCUGCUCGGCGGCGGCCUGUACCGCUCCUUCCCGAGCGAGCGCUCUGUGGUGCGCGGAUGCAAGUUCCUCAAGAACCGGGCCAGCCAGUACGGAGGGGCCAUCUAUGAGCAGAAUGUGGCCGACGGCGCAGUGCAGGGGUCGAAGUUCAGCGGCAAUGAGGCGCCAACGGGGGCUGCCAUCUAUUCGCGCAUGUCAUCGACCGAUGUCAACGCCAACACAAACCUGGACUCCGCUGACGUGGAGUUUGCGGAUCACUGA